AUGCUCGCGCGCAGAGAGAAGGCGCCGUGGGGAUUCGUGAAGUACAUUCAUCUUCUCCGGCAUCCAGUCGAGGAUUUCCGGGAUUUGCAGGCCGUGCUGGAUGAUCUCGAUCGCAAUGCCGCGCGCGCGAGCUCCUUGCCGCAGCAAGAUUGGGCGCGCAUUCUCCAGGCCUGUGGACGGCUCAAGGGGCUUGCACUAGGGAAGCGCUUCCACACACACUUGGCGGGCUUGGAUCAGCUGGACAGGGAUCCGAGCGUGGGAAUCCCGCUCCUCAGCAUGUAUUGCAAGUGCGAGAGCGUCGAGAUCGCAAAAACAGUGUUUGAUCGUCUCCGCGAGAGGGGAGCUGUGGCGUGGACGAUGCUCAUCGGCGGAUAUGCCCAAGCCGGGCAUCAGGGAGUCGCGCUUCGUUUGUUCAAGGCGAUGAUGCUGGAAGGGGUGAGGCCGAGCGAGGUGACCAUCAUCAAUGCGCUCACGGCGUGCUCCAGCCCCCGGGAGCUGCGAGAUGGAGCUUUGAUCCAUCUGUGUGCUGCCGAGAGCCAGGUGGAUUGCGAGAUAGCAGUCGGGAACACGCUGGUGAGCAUGUAUGGCAAGUGCGGAAGCUUGCUCGAUGCCAAGGCGGUGUUCUACAGCAUGCCUUUGAGAGACCUCGUCUCCUGGAGCAUCGCAAUCUCGGCCUGCUCCAGGUACCAGGGCUGCGAGGCCGACGUUCUGGAUCUCUUCCAGCGGAUGCUGCUCGAGGGGCUAUCGCCAAAGCAUCUCACUCUCGGGAUUGUUCUCAACGCUUGCGCUCGGAUCGAAGCUCUGGAGCGAGGUAUGUCGAUCCACCAGAGCUUGGUGCAAAGUGGGAUGACCACCCUGAACUACGCUGUUGGGAUUGCUCUCAUCAACUUGUAUGGCAGGUGUGGGAGACUCGAGGGCGCUUGCGAUGCGUUCCAGGCGAUCGAGGAGCGCACAGUUGUGUCGUGGAACUCGAUGAUGACGGUUCUAAUCCAGCACGGGAGCUGCAAGAGAGCUGUGAGCUUGUUCCACGAGAUGCUCCAGCAUGGCUUUAAGCCGACUAAGGUAACUUUCAUGACGAUCCUGAGCUCUUGCACGAAGAGGUCGCAGCUUACUGACGCUCGCUUUCUUCAUUUUGCCGCAGCUCAAUGCGGUUUCGAGAGGGAUGUCUCCGUCGCGAACGCGCUCAUAAGCAUGUACGAUGCUUGCGGGAACUUGGAGGUCUCGGAAAGGAUUUUUUCGGGAAUGGAGGUGAGGGAUACCAUCUCUUGGAACGGGAUGAUAUCGGCUUACAUCCAGCACGAGCAGACGAGCAUGGCCAAGACACUGUUUAGGCUAAUGCUCUGCGAGGGCGGAGAACCAGACCGGGCGACUUUGGCUCACGCGCUCAACGCUGCUGCCAGCCUCAAGGAAGUGGAGCUCGUUCACGGUUUUAUCGCGGAGAGAGGGGAUGAGUUUCAUGAAAUCCUGGGAAGCGCGCUGGUGGCCAUGCACGGGAAGUUUGGGACUAUAGAGGAAGCUCGCAGAAUUUUCGGCAACGUGAGGCACAGGGAUAUCAUCUGCUGGAACGGGAUGAUCGGAGCUUGUGCUCACACAGGACAUCCCAAACAAGCCUGGGAGCUCUACCAGGAAAUGGAAGAGGCCUCGGGAUUAAGUCCAAACAACAUAACUUACGUAGCGGUGCUGGAUGCCUGCACGGAGAUGGGAGCUCUCGACAAAGGCAGACAGGUUCACGCGUCCAUUCCCGAGAAGCAGCUGCGUUCCUCCAUCGAAGUCGGGAUCGCCCUCGUCAAUCUCUAUGGCAAGUGCGGGAAAGUGAUUGAAGCUCAGCGAGCCUUCGACGGCAUGGAAGUCCGAGACGUGAUACUCUGGAGCUCGCUCAUCGCAGCCUACGCUCAGCUCGGUCACGUAGACGAGACGCUGGUGCUCGUGAGGAGCAUGCAACACGAAGGCUUGGAGCCAAACCGAGUGACUUACGUGAGCGUCAUCUCGGCUUGCAGCCACGCUGGGCUCAUGGAGGAAGCUUACAGCUAUUUCCUGGCGAUGAUCCAGGAUCACAACAUCGCUCCCACUUGCGAGCACUACCGCUGCAUCGUGGAUCUCUUGGCUCGAGCCGGGCAGCUCGACGAGGCCGAGAAGCUCCUCACCAAGAUCGAGAACAUUGGACCGCUGGCCUGGAUGACAAUGCUCGCGGCUUGCAAGAGCCAGGGCGAUCUCGGACGAGCUCGAAGAGCUGCCAAGCUUGCGAUCAAGUUUAAUCCAGGCUCCUCCGCGGGAUACAUAGCUCUCUUCAACACCUAUCUUGGAGAGACGACGGAGAGCUCGAGUUAA